AUCUGUAUAAUUAAUUGUUAUCUUUAUUUUGUUUUUAUUACCAAAUUAAAGUUAUAAAUAUUGUUUAAAUCAAAUCUAAAUAGGAAGUCUUCUUAAAUAUAAAAACUUAGCUUAAAUGGAAGAUAAAUUCAUUUUUUAAAUUUCUGAUGAGAAAAAAAUAGAAUAGCUUUAUUAGUCUUAUUGUAAAUCGGAAUAAAAUCAUAUGAGAUUUAGCGAGCUAUUUAUACUACUAUUAGAGAAAGGAUUAGUUAGGAAUGGUUUUGGAUUAAAAUUUUACUUAGAAAACUAUAACAAUGCAAUAGAUGAAGAAAUAGAGCAAGAAAAGAAAGUUUAAGAAAUUACAACAGAUUUAAGGCAGAUGAAAAAAUUAUAAGAGCAAGCUAAAGAGUUAGUUCCAGGCAAAUUGAAUAGAUUUAAAUUUAUGAAUUUUUUGAAGAAAGUAGGAAAGCUUUAUUAUCAUGGUUAGAAGAAUCCAAUUGAUAGAUAUUUAGAAUAGAUAUUAGUGGAAAUACCUUAACAUAGAAAGAAAAGUGCAAAUGCAAAUACAGUUUUUUAUCGUGUUUUAAAUUAUGAUGAAUCUAACAAGAAGAUAUUUAAUGAAUUCACAAUUGAAACUAUUUUGGAAUAUGAGGAGGACUUAAAACGCCUAUUUACUGCAUAUAUGCCAGAAAAUUAUGACAAACAAAACAUAAUGUUGACAUGGGAGGAAAUAGAUAUGUUAAAUAAAAAGGUUAGCACAAUGAGCGUGCUAAAACUAUUAAUAGAUGCUAAUAUAAUUCCUACAUUAAUUACAUCAGAACAUUAUCAAGAUAUAUAAGUGCGUUUAGUGCCUCCUUUCAACUAGGCAGAGACUCUUUUCUAUCAAUAAGAGCAAAUAAAAAAAAUACUUGAAAAGGAUUUGGGGAAAAAGCCUAUAACUUCAAAAACAGAUGGAGAUCCAUAUAUAAGUUUUUUUGAGUUUUAAAUGAUUUUUGUUAAAAUGGCUUUAGAAACUACUCCUAAAGAUCAUAUUAAGAAAGACAAAGAUGUUUAAGAUGCUAUUUCUAAAUUUAUGUAAAACGUGGUCUAAAUUCGUAACAAAAAGCAAGAAAAUGAUUGGGAUAUUCUUAAAAAGUCUUCUAAAUUUUCUAGCACCUAUAUUUAUCGUUUAUUUUGUCCUAUCCAGCUUUAAAAUAAGAAAAAAGACACUCCGGCUACUCCUUAAAAUACAUAAGUAAAUAAGGCAAACAAUUUUUCUUAAAAUUAAGCUCAACAAGGAAGUAAGUAGGAUUUAUCAAACUAGUAAGAUGGAUUCAAUAAUUAAAACCAGAUGAAAAAGACAAAAUUAUAUGAAAAUGAUGAUGAAUUUUUUGAUGAACCCCUCAAACUUCUUUAAGCUAUAGAAAAUAACCUUAAAUUUGGUGAAGGGUUGACAUCUAAAUUUGAGCUUGAUACUAUAUAUAAAACACUUCAAUCUGAGCUGCCACAAAUACCUCCUCCUUACAAACCUGAGAAAUAAGUAGUUGAUAUUCAAAAAUAUGUGCCAAAGGUUAUUGGAGAGUAACCUCCAAAGCCUCCAGUAGACAAAAAUGCAAAGAAAUAAAAAGAAGAGCCAAAGAAAAAGAAAAAGGGUGAGGAAGAAAGAGUAAUAAGAUGGGCUGGAAUGCCACCUCCUCCUCCUAAAACAACUUAUGAUCAUUUUAAUAGUUACAAUGAUUAACUUGAGUUUAAUAAUCCAUAUCAAAUUAACCAAUAGAGUGGUGUAAUGAGUCAUAUUGAAGCAGCACCUGUGCUUUUAGAAGAAAUGAUUUAUCCAUAAAAUAUCCCAGCAGAUGCGAAAAAAUUUUUAGAAGCCUCGAUUCUAAAUUAUUCUCAAUAAAAUUUCUACGCCUCAUUAGAAAAUUUAAACACUUGUUAUGAAACAUGGUUGAAUAUAGAAGAUAGAAGUGACCUAACAAUAUAAAAUGAAAUAUUUUUUGAUUUUUUUAAAGGUAUGAUUUUCUAAUCAGCAGGUAGAGAUGAUUUAGCUCUUUCAUCUUUUUUUUCUUCCAAAGUUUUAUCUGAUAAAUUGUAAAUGGAUUAUCUUGAUAAGGCUCUACCUUAUUGCGGUCUUGGAGGAAUGUUAUUUCGUGUUGAGGAGUAUAAUUUGGCUCUUAGAAGCUUUUUAAAAGCAAGGGAAAUAAGAGAGCUAUCUAUAGGAGCAGAUAAUAUGGAAACAGCGACUGUUUAUAAUAAUUUAGGUUGCUGCAUGCUUAAGUUAAACAGAAAUCUAGAAGCAAUAACUUACUUCGAAAUUGCUUAUGCAAUUUUUGAUUUGGAGCUUGGCUAAUUUCAUAUCAGAACAUCUACUGUUUAGAGAAAUUUAAUUAAGUGUAAGAAACAAGGAGUUAGCUUUUUGCCAGAAUUUCGCACUCCUUGGAUUACUUAUGAAAAAGAUCCACUUAAAAAAGCGAAACCAAAAGGGAAAAAUGAUAAAAAGAAGUGAUAUUUUUUAAUUAAUAAAAGAAAAAAAUUAAAAUAAUUUUAAUUAUAAAAAUAAUAAAUAUAUAUCUAUCCUUUAAUAUCUAAAUUCAUAAAUAUUAUUAUUGUUAUUAUUUUAUUUGAAAGUUUCAUUUUAAGUAAGAAACAAAAUAAUAAAAUAGUUGUUAAGAAAUAAAAAUGGAUCUUGUUUAUCUAUGUCAAAACUAUUUAUUAUAGCCAUAAGAUUCACUUUUUUUGCAUAUUCGAUAAAAUUGGACUUUGUAAAUUGCUUAAAUUUUU